GCUCUGAUCAUGAACAAGGGAUGAGGACCGAUGUUACCACCUUGGAAGCCUAUCAUCAGGAACAAGUUGUCCAAGGGAACAGGGAGCAACCAGAUCUUGAAUCAGAAGAGGGUACUGCUAUUCCCCAAAGUAUCUCUCACGCAGUUGCAAAAACUGAUAUUGGUUCAUAUUCAGCAAAUGGUAAACUUAAUAUACCAUGCGCGCCGAAAAAACUUCCUGAGCUUGAGGCUUUUAGCUCUGGAAUCCAGCCUUUUGAGCCUUACAAAAAUCUACCCAAUUCUCAAGGCGCCUACAACCGGGUUCGUAACACACUUAGACGCGCAAAGCGUGAUCCUGAUGUAUUUAGGAGAUUUGGAGUGCCAACGGAAGAAAACACUCAAGAAUUUCCGGUAAUGGAUGGUCUGGCUCCUCGAUCUGAGCUGCAUGAGGAAAGGCAUGGGUGGCGACAGUCCGUUGCGAUGGAGUCGUGCUUGAAUUCCUCUUCAGGAGUCGAGAAUAGGCUUCGACGAUCAAAUAAGGGAGAGGUCGACAAUCAAGCUUGUGACAUUGACGAUCGCCACCAUUAUAGGCGUCAUUUUCGGAAGGAAAAAUUAUAUUUCGUUGAAAAUAAGGUCAGUAUCGUGCUCAUCAUGGUGCUCGAAAUGAACGUUAUUCAUUGCGGGACGAGUCCGUCUGCGGUCGACAUUCGAGGAGUUCCUAUGGUACACAAGGGAGCUAUUUUGGUUAUUCAACGUGGCGACAUACUUAUUAUCGAACCUGUGAACCCUCCUCCAUCAGCACCUCGAGCAGGCCUGAGAGCUCAAGCAGUACAUACUCUAUCUGCUAAAGCUCCAUUAACCGUCGAUGAUAUCAAUGUAUUCCUUGCUCACUCCGAUGGUGAAAGCAGUGAUAGCUCUGAUUGGAAUGAUGUUAAGGAGGAAGCUGAAGAAGAGGAAGGAGUUGAGUCCUGUGGAACGAGAACUGGCGCCAUUUGUACUGGUUCCACACCAUCAGUCUUCGCUCAGACCGUCGGAGACGUCAGUGUUACGAGGCUCCUACCAUCAUCACUUACCAACAUUGAACUUAUUAACUCCCAGUCAAAUGAAAAUGAAAAUGGAAGCAUUCCUUUUCUUUCAACACAACGAUUGGGACAAGGUAAGUAUGAAUUAGGGAUUCGAGACUCAUCACCGAAAGUAGUCUCUGAAGUGCAGGAAAAACGUCUUGAAAUGGAAUUUGGACAAGUUAUUUGCGGUUCUGAGCAAGUUACAAAUAUUGAGCCACAAGUUUCUUUAACUGAAACUCAGCAAAAGGCCUUGCAAAUUUGUGAGUCCAAACGCGCUAAUGCUCUGACAAUGCUUGGUAGCUCUCGAAUGAGUUCCUCUUCCUGCUCAUUAUCGUUGAAAAAUGAUGAGAUCUUCGUGGCUGCUCCCACAAAUAUACGUGUCAUGCGACCGCAAAUCUCUUCGCAUCUGUGGGCAACAAGAACGAGGAAUCGGCGUGUUCUCAGUCUAUCGCAGUAUGUUCGAGAGGCUAAAGAGUCAAGUGCACCGAGUGUGAAGACAGAGGCUACGGUGCUUGUGGGCGUAAUCGGUUCGAAGACACCACCACAUCGCAGUCAAAACAGCAAAAUAUUUUCAAUUUGGCGGCUGACAGAUUUGGUGAGUGUAGGAACCGGAGCUCUUAACAGUUGCAAAGUCAGCCUCUUCCUUUUUGGAGCUGUGCAUGAGAAAUUGUGGAAGGAACAGGAAGGAACCGUUGUGGCAAUUCUUAAACCGAAAUUACUUCCACCUAGAGAGGUAAACCUGUGGAUUAGGUUUUGUGUACUUCGCUAG